AGACGACUCCUACACCGAAGACAUAUCCCGUGGUCGCAAAUUUAUGAACUUAUCGAUAUGCAUGUAUAUAAAUUCAUUCAUAUCGACAUACACGGUUUUCUACGCACUUUUGAUCUCUAUAGAAUUGAGCGAUGUUCGAAAUUCCCAACAAAAUGUCGAUCAGCAGCAUUUUCGAUUUUUUGACGUCAAAUUCUGGGACAGCGACCUCAUGUUCGUCCCUGUGGUGUAUAACUUGUUCUGGAUCAUUGCAGGGCCAUGGAGUGAUGUGAUCCUGAAAUUGCUCCCAGACAAACCCCGGAUUAUUUCAAUUGUGCGAAUUUGUUGUUCGUCGCCGGAAUUGUGAGUUCUUUGUUGCUGAUUUUUGAGAAAAAACAAGAAGAUAACCAGAAGUCUCAGGAGACAAAUAGUGGUGAUGCUUUGGAGCAUUUUGCUAGGAUCUUUGUUGAUAAUUUUACUGCAAGCAAAAUUUUACCAGGACUUUUAUCAGGUUUUGGUGCCUGUCUCCUCCGCAAACAAUCGCUCUUCAUCCUUCAAAAAUACUUCAACGACAGCUUCCAUUCCAUCGAGAUCUAUCUAAAAUGCACCUUCUACUUGGGCUCGAUCCUGAUAUCGAUUUUCCUGAUUAUUUUUAUCGAAACCGAUUUCCUGGCGACUGUCGUAACAUAUGUGCUUCUGGCAUUGUGCACUAAUUGUAUUAUUUUGAUGUUCUAUAAAAAUCCCACAUACGAUAAGGCUAUGGUGGUGAGCAAGUAUGAGAUCUUGGAUAACGAUAAUGAGGAUUUGGAUGUUUAUAAUAAGGUUGAGGAGAUUGAAAAAAGGUUCAAGGAGAAGACAAGUAGAGAUAAACAAGAUAGUUGCAAGAAGCAUGAAGCACCUACAAAUACAAUCCAACAAACAAAGUACGUCAAAACAAUUGGUGAAUCGUCCAAGCAAGUUUACGGGGACACCAGUUACGCCAAGCAAGACGUCCCAGCAAAUCCUUUCGAUGAACCAGAACCCGAAACAAGUACCAAUCCUUUCGACGAAGCCGACAAGGACCCCAACAAUCCUUUCAAUGAACCAGAUGAUGUUUACGUUAUAGAAAAUGAGACCACAACAAAUCAAACUGGUGACCAAGUGAUUUACGAGUACGGAAAGACAAAAAUCGAAGAAGUGCCAUCAAAAGUUGGCAAUGACAAAAGUGGUGAUAGGGCCAAGUUUAUUGCAGAGACUGUUAACAAUUUAACAAGUGCUGAUAGUACCAAAAAACCUGUAGACAAGAAGUUGAAGAUUGUAGACAAUACUGCAAGAAGUAGAUUGAUGGCGACGUUUUCUGGAGUUGCCAGUACCAGCCAAAGAAAUGGUAGCAUCACAGAACCUCAGCCAAUUUAUUCAGAAAAUCAAUUGGAAUUCAACAGCCGUCAAAAUCGACCAAGGAACCAAAAAUGCUGCUCCAAGUUCUGCGAAGAGUUCACAGUCUUCAAGAAACCAUCCUUCUACCCAAGUCUGGUAUUAUAUCUGUACCAGCGUCUGAUGCCCUUAUUUUUCUGGAUUUUGCUGCCAUCGAUUCUGCUAAGGGCUGGACUACCGAUAGUCCUUUGCAUCACUUUUUAUCUGGCAGCCUCCAUAAUCGGGAUGAGUGGCAAUGUACUGAUUUCGAAGUUGUCCAAAAUGUCUGCAAAUAUGAGGCUGGUUUAUUUGUCUGUGUUUUGCAUGUUGGCAUCGAUGGCACUUUACGAAGUGACAAAAGUCUACAACACCAUGACCAUCCUGGUCAUAACUUUAAUAGCAAGUUUCUGCAUAUCUUGCUCCACCAGUUUAAGUCGAGCUGCCAUAAACGACUACUUGGAAAUCCAGGAUCUGAACAAAUCCAGGACGAUCCUGACCACGAUCUACGCCUUGUGCCUGGUUUUUGCAACUUUUGGACACAACAAUUAUAUAGAUUCUUAUUACAGAGUGGCAUCGUUUGUAAAUAUUUCUAUAGGAAUGCUUUAUGGUAGUUUUGUGAUGUUUCGAAUUUGGUUCAAGUUUAACAAACAUCCUAGCAGCCAAUUGACUAUUAGUCGAACAUAGUAAUAACAGAUAAUUAUAAUUGAUAAAUGUAUUAGUUGGGCAGCAACUGAGUAAAAUAGAUGAUAUGAAUGCAAAAAUGAAUAGGUACAGUGGUAUCCCAAAUUACAUGUACCUGUUAUACAAAUGUUUUGAGAUUCAAGUUGCCAAAGGAGCGAUUUGUUGCUUCGAUAUGCGAGUAAAAUUUGAGAUACGAGCUUUGAGCAAGUAAGAGUAGUCUAGAAAAAAGUUAAUGACUGUUAAUGAAAAGUUAAUAUGAAAAAUUUCGUCAAUUG